ACCAGGUCAAAACUUGCCCGCCACGUUUCGAAUAUAUUUUCUAAAGCAUCUCACUUAGAUCUCUCCGUAUUCCUCGCCGAAUUUAAUAGAUUUAGAGAGCUCUGAAACUCUGUGAAUGUGGUUUACGAAGUAUGCAUGUUCAUAAAUCCGUAAUCAGCCACAGACUACGUACAGGAAGAAAUCCUCCACUGCAGUCAAGGAUUUGCUGGUAAAUCCAUCAAGAACUCAGAAAAUCCGGCAUUAUAGGCAGUGGCAGAUUAACUGUUGAAAAAUAAUCCAUCAAGACUAGUGGCGGACUUCUUGUAGCAUCUGACAUUCGCAACUUAAUCAGCAAUGCCUUGCCAAGAGGGUGAAGCCUGUGUGUUACCAAUGGUCCAAGACCAGGACCAGGACCAGGCCAGCACACACACUAACACACACUCCUGCACGGCUUGUACCAGGUUCCCUGAUGGGUCAGUACGACUGCGAAAUCCUCACAUCUCCGAGAUGGAGCAGGAUAUUCUGUACCACUUGGCCCUGGGUUCAGGCUCCCAUGAUCUGGUGGAGAUGUUCAGCGAGAUCCGCUUUGUCUGCAUGGGAGGCACACCCAAGCGCAUGGAACAGUUCGCUAACUUCAUCAUGGAUGAGAUCGGUUACAAACUUCCUGCAGGAACCACACUGCUUGAUAUCUCCUACCGAUCCUACCGCUACUCCAUGUAUAAGGUUGGACCAGUGUUGUGCUUCUCUCAUGGUAUGGGAAUUCCUUCUGUAGGAAUUCUCCUUCAUGAAGUAAUCAAGUUAAUGUACCAUGCUAAGUGCAAGGACCCCAUCUUCUUCCGCCUGGGCACAUGUGGUGGUAUUGGUAUUGAAGGUGGUAACUUAGUGAUCAGUGAGAGUGCUGUCGACGGUAUGCUGCAGCCUUUCCUUGAACUGCCUGUGCUAGGCAAGCUGAAGCGACGUCCUGCCAUCCUUGACAAGCAGCUCGCUAAUGACCUGAAAAACCUCCACAUGGAUGAUGACCCUUUUAGUGUGUCUGUUGGAAAAACAAUGUGCACUUACGACUUUUAUGAAGGUCAGGGAAGACUAGACGGUGCUUUCUGUGACUACAAUGAAGCGGACAAGUUGUCGUUCCUCAAGAAAGUUCAUGAUGCUAAUAUCCUUAAUAUGGAGAUGGAAUCUCUGUGUUUUGCUGCACUCUGCUAUCAUGCAGGCAUCAAGGCUGCCGUCGUCUGUGUUACACUUCUCAAUCGCCUCCAUGGAGACCAGGUUUCUACACCAAAGGAGACACUGAACAAGUGGCAAGAAUAUCCUCAGAUAUUAGUAGCACGUUACAUCAAGAAGCAGCUGGGACUGCCCAUCAACAUACCUCAGCGAGAGCAUCCACAGGUUUAAGCAGAAUGUGACCCAAGAGAAAAAAAAUAAUUGGUACCAUGAAAUAAAGAAAUCUUCUGAGCUGAGAGAGGUGCCACUUGAGAGAUGUAUCUCAUCUUGUUAUAAGAGCAAACUAUCUCUUGCUCAUAACCAUCAUUAGUAUAAAUAUAGUUUUCAACUCAGAGUGUAAUUAAUGCAAUAAUGUCCCUCUACAAACAUUGUAAAUACUCCAAGAAAAGGCAUGAGCUUAAGUAUUCCCAGUAAUGCAUGCCUAAUAGUUUCCAAGCUGAAAUAAAGACGUUAAUGUUUACAGGACAUCAAAUCUGAUUCUAACAGUACACCUCCCAUGGCCACUGCUGGCUGUGCGAGCAACGCAAACUUCAAUUAACUUGAUUUACCUUACACAGGACACAUUUUCAAGACCAAAUCAGCCUGCAAGAUGAUUAUCCAGAGCAUUAGGUUUGUUAUCCAGGUUUAUUCUCAGUUCUGUACUAAAUCAGAAAUAUGAAUGUCUCUCAGGAGGCUCACUAAGUGAAGGUGAUCUCUGGGGAUAAAAUCCUCAUUUUAAUUAAUACUAUCUCAAUAUUAUUUAUUCAGAGAUCUUAAUUCUAAGAUAAUGUAAGUGUUAUUUAUUUAUUUAUUUAUUUAUUUAAAUAAGAUCCGUAUUAUAGGAUAUACCAAUUGAGAAAGAUAAAGUUGUGUUAGAUGGGUGUGAGCCUCAGAAAAUAGGUGUUAAUAGCAUUUUUAUUAAUUAAAUAUUAUAUACACAUCAUUUUGGACAAGUCUAAAAUUAAAAACAAUAAAAUAUCAAUUAACAUUAUUAAAACUAAUUAACAGUAGGUUCUUAAAAGAGGGACAGUGUCAAUAUUUGAAUUAAGAUACAUGUGCACUAGUCACAAGACAGCUAUUGAGUGAAUGAUGGUGAAAAUGUUUAUUUCUUUGUGACUCUCUACUUCAGUGGGAAACAGCUGUGGAGAAAAAUAUAGCUACAUAUGGUUGAGUUGUAGACAAACUGGGAAGAGAAGGGAUUGUCCUCCAGGAUGAUUACAGUAAAACAAUAAUAAAAAUAACAGCAACAACAGCUAAUAUUCUACAAUGAUUAUAUGACUGACAUUUUUUUUUAAAUGGAGUUUGAAAAUUUAUCGGAAAGUUUAAUAAUAAAAGAAAAAAAUUCAAUUACAUUGGCUGUGACAUUGAAUAAUUAGUGAUAUUAUGAACUGUAAAUGAAAAGGUAAAAAGUAACGACAGAAUGGACAAUGAAACACAAAAGCAAUAUGAAAUACUUUGUAAUGGCUUGGUCACUCAUGAAUUUUAUUAAGUUAAUAAAACUCCUGCAUGAGGAAAAUGUCAUUAUUAUAAAGUUCCAUAUUAUUUUUAUAUCUUAUUGUCCAACACUGAAUUGUUGCUAAAAACUCUACCUAACUUCAAGUACAAGUUCUCAUGCUAAGUCAGGUCUUUCUAAUUAGUGUUAACUUCAACUUAACUGUGUAGCGAUAUACUUGAUUCAACUGGCCUGAUAACUAAAGCAAUGUCAUUAACACAAAUAAUUAUUUGAGUAAAUGGAUUACAAAACCAUCAACAAGUUGAUAAAUGAGAUGCUUGUGCAACAUUUGUGUAUCUUUUGUUCUGGAAGAAAGAUACCCAAAUGUUAUACGUGUCUCAUUUAUCACAAAUAAUUACACGUAUCAAAAAUACUACUCACUGCUGAUUACAUAACUAGCAUUAAUUUGUAAACUGUAGAUACAAUUGAUCAGAAAAUUUCCCAUUAAUAAACAUGGGAGAAUUACCAUAGUUACAUUAGUUGUGACAUUGUACUGAAUAUAUUCAAUGAUAUUAUGAAUUGUUAUUACAGUUAGCCUUCGAUUUAACAGUCUAAUAGGAAGGGGGGGGGAGGUGUUCGUUAAAUCCAAAUUGUGAGGAUAUUUUUCCAUUAGUAUAACAGUUAUGAGCAAUUCUGGAUUUAACGGACUUAGUCCAUUAAAUCCGAAAAUAAAUUUGCCCAAUGGACAUUUCUAAAUUUAACAAAUUUUGUUUGUUAAUCCAGAAUUGUCUGUGAAAAUAGCAGACAAUUCUGAUUUAAAGGGCUUUAAUAUCUUCGUCAAAAUCAGUUAGCCCAGAUUUUGUCUUAUAUUUCCAAAGUUCAUUAAUCAAGGUCUGUUAAAUCAAGGGUUUACUGUAAUUGAGAAAUAAUAUAUACAGCAUUUCCUUGUACUGAAGUUAACAUGAAAACAUACAUUUUUUAAAUAUACGUAAUUUAUACUGGUUUUCCACAGUACCUUUAGUAACUGUACUGAGUAGCUGUACCAUCAUAACUUGGGAUAUUUGUGCUUAAGCAUACCAUACAAUGGAGCAAUUGUACCAUGUGAUGGGUAGUUUCAUUUGAAGGGUAAGUGUGUCAUCACUUAAAAGUCCCCAUUAUCAUAGUACUAGUUUCCAAGAUAAUACAGUAACAUACUAUGUACUAUAUUUUUUUAACAUACUGGCCGUCUCCCACCAAGACAGGGUGACCUCCCCCUCCCAAAUAAGAAAGUUCCUUUUUUUACAUUUAGUAAUUUGUACAGAAGGGGUUACUAGCCCCUUGCUCCCGGCAUUUUAGUCGCCUCUUAUGACACAAAUAGCUUACAGAGGAAAGAGUCUUCUUCACCUCCCCAUGGAAUACAGUACUUAGAAAAAGAUAUUUUUAAUCUAUUUUCCAGUCAAGUAGUAGUACAUGUUUUGGAAACAACUGAGAUACUGAACACCUGUUAGAAGUGGUGCAAAUUGCCCCAUUGUACAGUAACCAUGGUAGUCAUUUAAAAUCUUAUACUCAACAGGAGAAAAAAGUUAAUUCUAUUUACAGUACUUAGAUUCCAGGUAAAAAUCAAUACUAAGAGCAUUGUGCUCACUUAGAAAUUAAUCUCAAUAAAAUUUCACAUUCCAGUAAACUAUAGUAAGUUGUACUUGGGAAAUAUUUGAGGACUUUCAAACUGCCCAGGUUAUGCCAAGAUGCUAUACAAUUAUAAACUCAGAAAAUUGUAUUUAGUGCAGGGUAACUUUUAUCAAAUUUAUUGAGUUUGUGGAGAGUGGGCUCCAGCUCUUGAGCCUCACAUUUUAAUACUCCUGUUAAUAAUCCAUAAGUGGAAGCUUGAUCCUCCAUCCAUUAAUUAAGAGAUUCACUACCUAAAUGUAGAGAUAACGGUAGAAAUAAAAAGACAUGAAAAAUGUGGAAGACUAUCUUAGAAACAAAUCUUACAAGUCUCAUAAAUACAGUUGCUAACCUAACCUAAUUGAAAAUACUGAAGCUUAAAUUUCUGAUUAACAGGUAUUGUUUAUCAGAGGUCAAGUAAACUGCAAAAAGUUGUAGUGUUUAGAUUAUUAUUAUUAUUAUUAUUAUUAUUAUUAUUAUUAUUAUUAUUAUUAUUAUUAUUCUUACAUUCAUAGGGAAGUGCUAAACCAAAGUCAUUUAGAUUACGCUAAAUCAAAGUCAUUUAGAUCAGGCUAAAUCAUGGCGUAAAAGGAGAGAACAGUAUUCAAAAAAUACAUUGUCACAGUAACUAACCCCUCCGUCCUACCCUCCUCCAUGCUUAAGACUUAUGUACAAAACAUUCUGAGGCUUUUAUGCCUUUAAUCCACAUUAAAAAACAGAAAAACUAUAAUCAAUAUAUGUACAUUAUAAAAAAUGGAGAUAAUUUCAGUUUAAAUUUACCUGACACAGAAUGUGAAGUAACAUAGCAACUUAGGCAUGACUUCAAUGGCAUUGUAAAUCAAUUGUAGUUUUAAAAUUCAGAUCAUGAAUCAGUUACAUUCAGACAAUCGUUUUAUGAGCUUUGACUCUACAGUACCUCCGAUAAUUAAUCGUAAUAUAAAUGUACUUUUUAAACUUAAUAUUAAUUAAUCAUUUAAAUGGACAACCUAAACUUAAUAAUUAAUAAUUUAAAUGUACUUUUUAAGCUGAAUACAUGAUUAAUAAUUUAAGUGGACUACCUAAGCUGAAUAAUUAAUAAUUAAGUGGUUUAACUAAGCUAAAUAAUUAGUAAUUUAAAUGAACUUUUUAAGCUGAAUAUGUAAUUAAUAAUUCAAGUGGACUACCUAAUCUGAAUAAUUAAUAGUAGAAACUGAAUAAUUUAAAGGAAUUCACCAAGCAGGAUAAUUAAUCUAGAACGGGUGGGCAAACUUCUAAAGCCAUCAACUGGGAACUGUACUUGUCUGAUAAUGCUUGUGUAACAGCUCAUGUUUUCAACAGUGGAAAAUGAACAAAGUUUUGCUAAUUCAGCUGCGUAUAUGCAAGUAUAUGACUUGAUCUUGGCGGGCCACAUGAAAACCUUUGGCGGGCCACAUGAGGCCCACAGAUUGCAGUUUUCCCACCCCUGUUCUAGAUGAACUAUACUAAUAAAUUUUGUUUCCAACUGUAUAAAUCUUGGACAGACAGACCUUCGUAUUUUUCCACAAAGUUAGCACAAUACGUUAGUGAGGCUGACCUUUCCAUAAGGGAUGAGAUGGUACGCCCUCAUUCAGUUUUAACAAAGGGUAUUAAGUUCACUGCCGUGCUGCUUCCUUCCCAGGAUUCCAUUACCACUUCAAAAAACUAAAAUGUCGUUUUAUAUUGUCAUAAUGAAAAAAGUACUCAACAGGCAUAAUUUAGUUACCUUAACUAUUUGAUUAUUGUAUUAUAUACAUUAAAGCAGUAUUAUUUUUAUCAGGCUAAUUGGUAAUUAAGUUCCUUAUUUCAUAGUGUCACAUAUGUGUAUAGAUUAUUUCUUUGAGUACCAUUAAUAAUGUAAUAUCAAAACCCAGUUGGUUCACAGCUAUAAAUCCCACUAAGAACAUAUAUGAUUUAUUUUUUUAAUUUAGUCUGUGAUGCUUACUUCACACCCAACAGGAUUCGUAUUAUCAACAGCAAGCAAUCUAUGUUGUGCAAGAAAUAGGGAUAACUUAAGCAGGAUAUAAACUCUGCCCUGCUGGACAGGGCAAAGACUGCUUGCAGGUAUUAGCUUACCAUUAACACUAAAUAAUGGAUGUACAGUAAACCCUCAAUAUAACAUUUAUAAAAUUAUGGGCAAAAUCCACUGGUUAAACUGUACUUUUAAUGCCUUUAUUUUCAAUGUUUACUGCAGUAUUUACAGAGUACUGUAGUGCAUUUUCUUGCUACUUUGUAACAUUAUUCUGAUUUAAUGGACAUUCGGCUUAUUCUGAUUUAACGGACAAUCGGAUAAUACCUAACAUAUUAUAUCGAGGGUUUACUGUACUGUCACUACAAAAUGUGACUUUUCCUGAGAGUGCUGCAUAACGUACAGUACAGGUAUUAGAGAACUUGAAGCAUGGCUUCUAAAUACAUUUCAAAUGUAAUAUGGAUAACAGACAGUAAAAUAGAUUUUAUUAAACAUUUUUAAUUUUUUAGAGUUACAUUUUUAACCAUUAACAUUUUUAAACUUGGCUGCAUAGAGGCAACUGACAUAGCCACUUGAUACUAGGUUACAUAAAGAAGAAUACAUCACAGAUUUGUAUGAGGUUCAAACAUGAUAAACAGAAAGUGGUUAUUUUUAUUUCACUAAAAUUAAAAUAUCCAGCUCAUAGUAUAGUUAAUAUUUGUGAAUUAAAAAGAGAAUAAAUAAUAUUCUCAAUAAAAAAUUAAUUAGAGCUGCAAUUAGAGAGUACUUAAUUGUCAGUUUUCCGGUAACUAAUGUAUGCUGGAGUGUGCGCUAAAUGUAAUUUUAAGGCAUUUUUAAAAUUUCAUACAUCAAAUUGUUAUAUGGUAUUAUAUAAAUAAAACUAAUGAAAUGAAGACGUGUUCCUCCAGAAUGUCUUACUACUAUAAUUUUGCUCCCAAAUGAUAUUAUUUUGGAGAAAAUGUACUGCAAACUUGACCAUGCACAGAGGCAACACCAGAAAGGCAGUAAUCUAAAUAUGUUCAAUGCAGUUUUCCAGUAAUGCAAAACACUUGUCAAUGCAUUCCAGUAAAGUGAAACAAUUGCAGCAUUAAUUAAAGAAGGAAGCUUGAAAUAUCAUGCAGGUAUUGCAGACCAGCCAGGUGACAAGCUGCAACUACCAGGCCAAUAAGGCAAUAGAAGAACUCAAAAACAGCCAUGGGUAAACUGAUACAUUUCUUGUAAUAAGAAGUCUGUUAUCACCGUACAAAUAUGCAGGAACAUAAGCCAAAUGUGCAACACAACGAAUGCAUGUAUGAGUCUGAAAGAUACAUACACAUAUUUUGCAUAUUAACAACCUGUUAAUACAAUAUUUAGCUAAUCUAUCAUGACUCACGGAAUCAUGAUAACCUCACCCGUUCUGUGAUUUUUUUAACUGAUCUACUCUAUUUACUCUUAUGUAUGUUUUUUUGCCCCAAUAAGAAAUGGGGCUCAUUGACUGAUUGCUACCUGGCAUCACCUUUUUCAUGUCAGAAUGGAACAGGGUACAGUAGAUUAGGCAGAUUAUCCCCUUGUCUCAUCAUACAUAUCAUUUUGUAUGCCAACAAGUUAAAUGUUACACACCUCAGGCACCUACCAUUUACACUACAAUGAAUAUUUACAGUAUAGCAAAUGCCAGAGCUUACUAUUAUAUUUAUAUGUUCUCCUUUUGUGUCUUCAAAGAUGUACCUAUCAUUUACCAUUCUUUAUCUAGUCACCAAAAAUUAUCAACUACAAUACAACAUUAUUAUAUCUGAAAAUUAAGACACGUGCGCAACAGUUGGAUAUCUUUAUUGUUGAAACAUUUCACCUACACAGUAGGCUUCUUCAGUCAAAUACAAAAGGAGCAGUAGUAAUGAAAAUAAAGAUGAUGUAAUCAGUCCAUCAGCUUUGGAGAAAAAGUAUUACAUCUUUGUUUCAUUACUAUUGAUCCCUUUGUAUAUGACUGAAGAAGCCUACUGUGUAGGCACAACGUUUCAUCAAUAAAGAUACCCAACUGUUGUACAUGUGUCUUAAUCUUCAACUUCUUGGUAUUUUAUACCAUUUUCAACAAUUAUAUUUGUAAACAGACACUGAUAUUUUAUUAAUGUUAACAGCACCAUCAUGUUAAAUAACAACUAUUUAUCUGUAAUACCAGUUAAAAAUAAUUGGGGUGAAUGCACUAAAGAACUUAUUGUGAUAUCAUCUGGUGAUUUUAGGAUUACUAUUAAACAUAAUUAUGCAAUUAAUGCUACAAUACUUAUAAUGUGAUGUGAUGUGAUAUGGCACGCUUGUUAGAAUUAUUUAAAUCUAAAAAUAUUUAUUUUAUUAUAACUUGUUGAAGAAUAAAUUUGUUAAUACCUCUGUGUGUAAUGUGAGGAACCAUCUGCCAUUAAUAAAUAAUAACAAAGUUA